UGUCUGGAUAAAUCUCACCAGGAAAUUUACAGCCAAUACUUGUAUAAGUGUGAUCCAGGUUACACUUACAUCGAGACUGAGAAAGAUUGUAUCUUCGAAGGUGGAUGUUAUUCCCACUUAUUUGGGCCUGUGAACGACCCAGGGAUGCCAGCACCUCCCUCUGAGACUCCAAAGGUUCCAGAGUGGUUCAAUAGUCUACCACAGUGGUUCAAUGCCACCCCAUGGUGGUUCAAAACUCCUCCAUCCUGGUUCAACACUCCCCCAGCUUGGCUUAAUGCACCAGUCAAGUCACAGUUGGCUACUGACCAUGUUGAUGUAGAAGUGGGCGAGAUUGUUCAGUCAGAUCUAACUCAUGAUGCUUCAGAGAAAUUCAACAAACAGAUCACUUUAGGAACCAAUGCUUCUCUGGGUGGCACCUCAAACACUUUCUAUCAGGAUGAUAAGGUGUUAAGGAUCCACAUCCCCAUCAAGAUAGUUCAGCAGUAAUGACCCAUUCAAGAUAGUCCAGCAGUAAUGACCCCAUCAAGACGGUCCAGCAGUAACAAGUAAUCUCCUCUUGUUAGAUUCAAGAGGUGAGCCUCACACCACUUACAGAAAUGUUAAACAAAAAUCUAGCUGAUAGAGAGAGCAAAAGAAAGAUUUUUUUUUUUUUUUUUUUUUUUUUUUGAGGAGUUAUGCCAUAGCAUAGACAAGACUUCCCUUGGUUAAUGACAGUGAUGGCAGUCUUGAAGUUACAGCUUUACUGAAUAAAUGCAUUCAGAGCAAGGGACAACAAUGACUUAUAAGUAAAUGUCUUUGAUACCACGUUGCUUUAUCGUCGAAGUUAAUACUAACAACAGUUGAAGAAUGAGACUUUUAUUAGGGAAUUUUUUUAUUUUGUAAACUUUUUGCCAGCCAGUGACUACUUCAGUCCAAUACAGAGAAGAACAGUGGAAGAUGAGGAUAAGUUUGAGGAUAUCAGUCCCUCAGCCUCAGACUGAGAAACUGAUUACCUCAAACUCCUCGUCUUCCACCAUUCUUCUCUGUAUUGGACUGAAGAAGUUACUGGCUGGCAAAACAUUUCCACAGUAUUCCCAAAUGUUGCACAAGUGUCUCAUUCUUCAACUUGUGGGUUUUCUAAACUAUUUAUUUCAUUAAAAACAAUGCUUAUUUAAUCCUCAGUUAGUACAUUGAUACAAAAAUACUUGACUAAUCUUUGCUUCUACAACCAUAGAAAUAUUGCUGAAAGUUCCAGAUACCGUAAUUAUUAUUACUGAAAUCAGAACUAAGCACUAAACCCACAAGUGUCUUGCACUGCUGCACCAUAGUUCUUAGAUAAUCAUUUCAGUGUUAAUAUUAGCAUAAAAUAUUUAUAUUAUUUGGCAUUAUUUGUUGAGUAGCAGCAGUUACAAAACAGCUGAGUUAGACACACUCAUCUGCCAAGAGUCAAGUUCAAAUUAUGUAUUAAAGUUUCCAUACUUAUAAUGACAGAAUAAAUACCACGAGAUGUUUAUCUCUGCACUCACAUUGAGAACUUUUACUAUAUUCAGUCUUCGGUCGAUAAAGUAUCUUUGAUGUAGUGCACAGAUGCACUGCUUUAAACCUAAUUUGUGCUGGGACACUGGACAUGUGUAGUAUUUUGCAUAGUCAAACAUGUCAUUAGUCACACUAAUUAUGGUACUAGUACACUAUAUGCAGAUAAAUAAAGCUUCAAUUUUAAAAAUGCUUCACCCACACAGCUUUAUCAGUACAUAACACAUUCAACAUGACUGAGUUACCUGCACACAUUUUUUUGAGAAAUUUUCAAGCUGAUUUUAAAUGCGUUUUGUGGCACUCAAUCAUUUUGCUCAGUAGACUGGUAGAAGUCUAUGUAUGUGUGCCUCUAAACAUGGUCUUCAUAACCUAUUUUCUCAUUUCAACUUUUGUCCAGUCGGCAUGUUCCUCUUUAUUCUAUAAAAUGAAGCUUGCUUUGUUCUUAUUGUGCGUUGUUGAGAAAUAGUGUUCAAGGAUGCUCAAGACAGCAUGGGUUAACACUUGCCCAUCUAUUAUUCGACUAUUCCUAACUUCUCACCACCUUUUUUAUUAUAUAUAUCCAUACUGUAUUGAUAAAAGUCUGUGUGGGCAAAAUGUCUUUAAGAUAAAGGUUUUGUCUGCAAACUGUCUUAUUACUAUAUGUAUUUGUCAACAACCCUACAGUGCAAUAACAAUAUAAUUACAGUAUCUUAAAUUUAAUAUUUGAGUAUUUUGCAAAUAUUGUCGUCAUUAAGGUACAUUUUGUUUUAUAUUAUCAUUCUCGUGUAGCUCCUAAUGACCAUUGUUAAAUAAAAUUACUGUGUGGAAUAAAUGGAGGUAAAAGAACACAGCAAAAACCUUUCAUUUAUCCAACAUGUCUCCCAUCAGGCCUUUUUUUUUUUUUUUAAGUACAAAGAGCAUUCAAAAUCAACUGUAUCAAUAGCACAGAGGUUCAGGUUCUGGUCAGGUGGUUUAGCGAAGGCAAAAUUUCACAAAUAAAUCCUAGUAGUAGUGGUUCAAGGCUGCUACUGUUUACCUCACCAACACCAUCAACCAAACAGUAAGAUGCAUAAUUUUUUUUUUUAUUAUUAUCACACCGGCCGAUUCCCACCAAGGCAGGGUGGCCCAAAAAAGAAAAACUUUCACCAUCAU